CAUUCAUUUUAGCUCAUUCCGCGUCGAGCAACACAUUUUAUUUUGUUGCUUACUUCUGAAAAAAUAUAAAUACAAUACAAUGAGGAAGUUAUUUCAUCGACCUGCUGUGGCAUUUGCGGCCGCACUUACGAUAGUUUUUUUGAUAAUUCUCCUUAAGACAUAUUUUAGAUUAAUUGAUUUACAAGUGCCAGUUCUUAUUGAAAAGCCUAUCGAAGUCACAUUGGACAGUUUAGAAAGGGGGCAACAUAAACAAUCUGUUAUUGUUGAAGGUCCACAAUUACCAAACCGAAUAAGUUCCAUUGCAGUCCCAAAAACAAUAAUUACAUUCGGCACUUUCGAAGCGCUGGCUGGAAAUUGUUUUCUCCGCGACGAUGUGGAAUAUGAAUCAUAUUUCAAUAACUUUGAUGAAUUUGAUGAUCUUCAAGAUGUGGUUAACAAUUUGGAAAAUCGGGUAACACAAGACGAUGAAAAAUGCGAUACUCUUGGCGAUCUUUUCAAUUUAACUGAAGCAACUUCAUCCGAAGACGCUAGUCAAAGAAAGUUCUACUCCGAAAUUAGUCGGUAUCGAUUGUAUUCAAACAAAUCAGAAGCAGUCGAGGAUUUACUUUACGACAUGAAAACACAAGGAAUCUCACGAGUUGAUGAAACGGAGGGAGGCACACAGUUUAAAUUAACGGUAACAUUUGACAAUGGCGUUAUGGCCUUAUUCAAACCAAUGAGAGUGUCGCGUGAACAAGAGGCAUUGCCAAAUCAAAUGUACUUUGCUGAAUACGAGCGUCACACCAGUGAAAUUGCUGCAUAUCAUCUUGAUAAAGUAUUGGGGUUCAGGCGUGCGAUGCCUGUUAUUGGUCGAAAAAUCAAUUUAAUCACUGAAGUAUUGCGACUUGCCAAACCAAAUUUGCAGCGAACUUUUGCUAUAUCGCCAAAACCAGAUGAAAACAUAUGCUUUACUGGUAAUUGCAAACAAUUUUGUGACACAUACCAUCCGAUUUGUGGAAAUGGCACAGAUCUAGAGGGUUCGUUCAUGGCAUAUUUUCCUUAUAUGACGGGUACUGAUCGUAUGACAAGGUCACAUCCAUGGGCGCAGUCAUAUUCGAAAGAUGCCAAAGCACCAUGGGAAAUCGAUCCAAAAUAUUGCCAGAAGGUCACCGAGUUGGAAUUAUUUUCACAGGGCCGUCUGUUAUUGGAACUAAUUGAUCUGUCAAUUUUUGAUUUUCUGAUUGGAAACAUGGACAGGCACAACUACCAAAGAUUCAAAGCUUUUGGUGAAGAUACUUUUGUCUUGCGCUAUGAUCACGGUCGUGCUUUUGGGAAAGCAUUCCACGAUGAGUUCAAAAUACUUGCACCCAUGUUGCAGUGCUGCAUGAUAAAAUCGACAACAUUGGAAACUCUUCUAAGCAUUCACAACAGUAGCGUGCCUCUUUCGGAACGCAUGAGAAAAUCGAUGGAAGAAGAUCCAUUGUCGCCAAUUCUAUGGGAACCACAUUUAGAGGCUUUGGAUCGACGAUUAAUGAUUAUAUUGCAAGCUGUUCGUGGUUGUCUUUCCAAAUCAUCACAAGAAAAAGUAAUCAUACCAACAGACAACAUCAGAUUUGCAUGACCUCUUUUCUUAAUUCAUUAAAUCAACCUAUAAAUCUUUGUCGAUACGUUAAAUCGUAUAUUUUUCUUUAAAAAAAAAAAAUGAUGAAUGUAAAUGAUGAGCAAUGAUUGCUUAAUAAAAAUUCAAUAUGUGUCUGGAUA